AUGUCUAACGCUUAUCGCUCAUGGGAAUCUUCACAUCAAUGUUUAGUACAUUAUGUUAGUGCAAUGCCUUCACAAUUAUAUUAUGUAACACAAACAUUUCUCAAUAAAGAAAAUUUUCCUGGUGGUUCAUUUCAUAUGCGUCAUUUGAAGUUGGCUGGUCCAGAUAAAAUAAAUCUAAUUAAAAGUAUUAUGGACUUUGUUAAACAUGAUGGAUCUGAAAAACAUAAAACAGCUGUCAUAGAAAAUAUUCUUACUUAUGCACCAAUAAAACAACAAUUUAUUAUGGUUGGUGAUUCAGGUGAACUUGAUCCAGAAAUUUAUGGAGAUAUUGCUCGAAAAUAUUCUGAUAGAAUUAAAAUGAUAUUCAUACGUAUUGUUCAAGGUGGUAAAAAUAAUAAUAAUCGAUUUGAAAUAGCUUUUAAAAAUGUAUCUCAAGAUAAAUGGAAGUUAUUUUCUAAUGCAAAUGAACUUCCUGAAAAAUUAUUUGAUAAUGAAAAUUCAAUAAAUGAAUAUGAUGGAAAUAAUCAUGUAAAUUCUGCUGAAUCAAAUACUGAAAAUAUUUUAUCAACAUCUUUGUUCUAUACUAUCAUAGCAGCACUUUUAAAUUUACUUUUUAUUCUAACUUAUGUAUAA